AUGAAUUCUCUCGUAUCUCGAGGAAAAUCCGUCUGGGCGAGAUGUUACGAGAUAGGCAAAAGGGUGAAGAGACGAAAUCCUCCGCCUAAUCCGCUUACCUUUGCCGUCCUGCUCAAGCCGUCCUUUUACUGUAGGCACAGUUGGUCACUUGUGAGAAUACUGAUGCUAUCACCUUCGAGUAUUGGCGGCCUCACUAGCCACUUUUCCUUUUAUCCGCUGAACAAAGCCAGCGGAUUUCAUCGCUGCGCACUUGGAGCUCAAGCCGGUCUCUCUCCGGCCGUGUUCUUUUCCAUUCCCAAUAUCCCGGCCAGCCGGUCAGCCAACCAGCCAGUCGACCAAUCCCGCUUCGACCCUCAUCUAUUCGCCACAUUCUCGAGGUCGGCUCAGCUCUGGCGGCCACGAGUUCACGACGUAGACGACGACUUAUUGCCGGCCGAGAGUUGUUGCCGGGGCCUGUUUGGCCGUCACGGCGUCAGGAAUGUAGACGACUUGGCUCGUCCACUCAGCUCAUGUGACACGCAAGGGAGGGCAGAGGCGAGGGUACAAGUUGUCUCCACUUCGCCCUCUCCACCUCCGUCUGGCGUGGCUGAGUCAAAUGGCAAGGUUUUGGGGUUGAAUGCCCACAAUUGCCUCAUCUCCUGUAUGCACCAUCCUGAGGCUAGGCUUGGCUCAGGCGAAAAGCAGAAAAAAAGUCAUCUACCAAACAGAAGGGCUUGGAUGGUUAAAGCUGUAAGAGGUGAGUGUUCAAUGCAGAGAUUGACUGAAGUGUAG